AUGGUUAUCUGCGUCGUCGGCUCACCGCCAACCUGUUGCGACGGAGUGUGUACGGACUUGAGCUCGAGUGUUGAUAAUUGUGGAGCGUGUGAUGCGUCACCACAAGCCAACCAACCUGCUGCUCCGGAAUUUGCACCAAUAUCCUCGCAGACCCCAACCACUGCGGCGGAUGCUCAAUCCAAUGUCCCAGCGCCGUUCCAACCUGCUGUAACGGGGUAUGUGCAGAUCUUAGCACUGAUCUCGCGCACUGUGGCAGUUGCACAGCACCCCCGUGCGUGGGCUCUAGACCGGCGUGUUGCUCUGGUGUCUGUACAGAUCUGGCGACCGAAAUUGACCACUGUGGAUCUUGCUCGGCGAAUUCGUGUACUAGUGUUAAUCCCGCUUGCUGCUCGGGGACAUGCGUUGAUCUUAAUUCUGAUGCCAACCACUGCAAUUCUUGUUCGGCUUUGCCGUGUGGUGGAACACAACCUGGGUGUUGCUUUGGGCAGUGUACAGACUUAUCUACUAGUUUGCAGCAUUGUGGAUCUUGCACUGCUGCGCCGUGUACUGGCGCGCUACCAGCUUGCUGUGGUGGGACGUGUGUUGAUUUGA